AUGGACUGGAAACCCUGGCUGGGUUUCCUCAUCGGAAACGCUGCCAUCCUUCUAGGCUUGAAGUUCAGGCCGCAAACAGAGGUCGUGGACCCCCCCUUCACGAUCUGUCACGAGUACGACGCCCCCAGCAAGCUCUGCGUGUCGUGGACCAACUUCUGGUCCAACUAUAUCAAGGAUCCAGACGGCGCAGAUCUCGAGGGCCACGCCAAGAAGUGUCUAGCGGCAGGCAAAGCCGUAGGCACGAGCGACUUCACCGCCGACUUUGACGAGCACAGAUGCCUCGACUCGUGUCCUGACGGGAGCGAUCACUGCCUGAUCGGCAAGUUGGCGGAUCCCAAGUUGAAUCGCCCACUGACGGAAGAGGAGUUGGAGAGGGCGGCAAAGAGCGUGAGGGCUGCUAUCGAAGCUGCGUCCGCGCUUUAA